CUGCUUUUCUCUCUCUUCCCAUGCCAGAGUAUUUAAUGGUUACUUGGUAACUGGUGAGGUAGCAUUUUCCCUAUGAAGUCACUCCAAGCACCAGGUAGAAAAUGGGAGGAUAAUUCCCUUGCCAAAGGAAAAAAGCGACAGGCCACUGCAGCUAUGCCCAUAGGCAGCCGACACUGAGAAUAACACGCCGAGCCUAGUAAAGAUGAACGACGAGGAGCAGAACCACUCAGCCUUCUUCAUCAGGGUGAAGAACCCUUCUGAGCUGGUUGAAUUAAAACCUGGAGACCUCAUUGAGAUCUUCCGUUCUUCUUGUCAACACUGGGCGAUUUACGUUGGGGAUCGAAAGGUUGUCCACUUGGCAACUGAAUGCGAACAUUUCGGAGAUGGAGCCCCCAACACCCUGGCGGCCUUAUCCGAUCAAGCUUACGUCCGGAAGGACUGGCUGGAAGACGUGGUGCGGAAAGAUGGGUACCGAGUGAACAACAAACACGAUGAGACCCACCCGCCGCUCCCCCUUGCCAAGAUCCUUUGGCAGACCGAGGAACUGGUGGGCAAAGAGAUGCCCUACAGUUUGACCAGCCAGAAUAGUGAGCAUUUUGUUAUGGAGCUACGUUACGGAGCUGAAAUGAAUGAGCAGGAUGAAAUAAAACCCGGAGACCUUAUUGAGAUCUUCCGCUCCUGUUAUCAGCAUUGGGCUAUCUACGUCGGAGAGGGCAAAGUGGUCCACUUAGCCCCCGAAUGUGACCGUCUUGCCAACGGUGCUGCUAGUGUCCUGGCGGUCUUGUCCGACCGAGCUUAUGUCAAGAAAGACUGGCUCGACAUCGUGGUACGGAAGGACCAGUACCGCGUGAACAACAAACACGACCACACACAUCCCCCGUUGCCCCUAACCAAGAUCCUCGGUCGGGCGGAGGAGCUUGUGGGCCAAGAGAUGCCAUACAACCUAACUAGCCAUAACUGUGAACAUUUCGUAAUGGACUUGCGAUACGGAGUCGCCAUGAGUGACCAGGUCACGGAGGCCAUUGCGGUUGGGACGAUUGGCAUGAUGGGGGUGGCAGCUGCCAUGAUCCGAUCUGCGGCCAAGAGGCGCAUGCACCGCUAUGAAUAGUUUGUGAGGAGGAGCCAGGGGCCUCCAUGGCAGGAUCAUGACCAGCUCUGGGGGCGUUUUGAAUGCCUGGGGUCCUUUAUUUGCCAGAUUGUUUUCCGAACACCAGACCAAAAAUUAAAUCAGAUUUCAUGACAGAAGCCACCCUCCCACGCCGUGCUUGGAGCCAAUAAAACUCUC